CUCUCCAGCCCGGCGGGGCCGAGCCAGCGCUGCGCGCUGAGAAAGAAGACUUGAACUUGCCACACUGAGUCUAUAGACAGUUCCACAGUAAUGAAUCAGCGCAUCUGUAAAGGAAUGGAAGAAAACAAGGAAAGGGCUAAAAGACAGCGGCAAAACAACUUUCCCAUGUUUCCCUCUCCUAAAGCCUGGAAUUUCAGAGGGCGAAAACGGAAGCAGAGCGCCCAAGAUGAAGAUGCUGUUAGCCUUUGCAGUCUCGACAUAAGUGAGCCUAGUAAUAAACGGGUCAAACCCCUUUCCAGAGUCACAUCACUAGCAAACCUCAUCCCACCUGUGAAGGCCACACCAUUAAAGCGCUUCAGCCAAACCCUGCAGCGCUCCAUUAGCUUCCGCAGCGACAGCCGCCCUGAUAUCCUCGCCCCCCGACCCUGGUCCAGAAAUGCCGCCCCCUCGAGCACAAAGCGGAGAGACAGCAAGCUGUGGAGUGAAACCUUCGACGUGUGUGUCAAUCAGAUGCUUACAGCUAAGGAAAUCAAACGUCAGGAGGUAGGCUCAGGGCCUGUGGAGUCCACUGUGUGUCUGGAACAGAUGUGCACUGCAGGCGGAGUCGGCUGGGGUCUGUGCCCCGUCUCCAGAUCAAAUCUUCUUUGCAUUUGUAGGAGAACAAACUGGGCCAACAUUCUGUUAUUGAUGGAACCUCUCGGGAACCAUCUGUAUGAACAGUUUACUUCCUCUGAUUUUAAAUAUUUGCUUCCAUUUCUUGCCCUUCUCAUGCAGGCCUAUCACGACCCCAUGCUGAAACUCUCCAUAAUGACAGAACAAGAGUUGAAUCAAAUCUUUGGAACACUGGACUCUCUAAUUCCUCUGCAUGAAGAGCUCCUUAGUCAGCUUCGAGAUGUUCGGAAGCCUGAUGGCUCGACUGAACAUGUUGGUCCCAUCCUCGUGGGCUGGCUGCCUUGUCUCAGCUCCUAUGACAGCUACUGCAGCAAUCAAGUAGCUGCCAAAGCUCUGCUGGACCACAAAAAACAAGACCACCGAGUCCAGGAUUUCCUGCAGCGUUGUUUAGAAUCUCCCUUUAGCCGCAAACUAGAUCUCUGGAAUUUCCUUGAUAUUCCAAGAAGCCGUCUGGUGAAAUAUCCUCUGCUUCUUCGAGAAAUUCUGAGGCACACACCAAAUGAUAAUCCAGAUCAGCAGCACUUGGAAGAAGCUAUAAACAUCAUUCAGGGAAUCGUGGCAGAAAUCAACACCAAGACUGGGGAAUCUGAAUGCCGCUAUUAUAAAGAGCGUCUUCUUUACUUGGAAGAGGGCCAGAAAGACUCCCUGAUUGACAACUCACGAGUCUUGUGUUGUCAUGGCGAACUGAAGAACAAUCGGGGUGUGAAACUUCAUGUUUUCCUGUUCCAAGAAGUCCUUGUGAUCACUCGAGCCAUCACCCACAAUGAGCAGCUCUGCUACCAGUUGUACCGUCAGCCGAUCCCAGUGAAGGACCUCCUGCUGGAAGACCUGCAGGACGGAGAAGUGAGGCUGGGCGGCUCCCUGAGAGGAGCAUUCAGCAACAACGAGAGAAUUAAAAACUUCUUCAGAGUCAGCUUCAAAAAUGGAUCCCAAAGCCAGACCCACUCACUCCAAGCCAAUGACACCUUCAACAAACAACAGUGGCUCAACUGUAUUCGUCAAGCCAAAGAAACAGUUCUGUGUGCUGCCGGGCAGGCUGGAGUGCUCGACUCCGAGGGACCUUUCCUAAAUCCCACCACUGGGAGCAGGGAGCCACAGGCAGAAACAAAACUUGAGCAGAUGGACCAAUCCGACAGCGAGUCAGACUGUAGUAUGGACACCAGUGAGGUCAGCCUCGACUGCGAGCGCAUGGAACAGACAGACUCUCCCUGUGGGAACAGCAGGCAAGUUGAAAGCCAUGUCUGACGGAGUUUACUUCCCAGAAGUAGCCCUGUGUCUUACCUGUACAGUAUUUGCAUUCCACACAUGGAACAGUUUGGAGAAGCACUUUUUAAUACUUUUGUGACCAUGUUGGCCCAGUCUCCUAUAUCUGUACCUUUGUCCCUAGUACUGUAACUGCCAAUCUGUCUGUGUAAGCUGGAAUCUAUGGCAACUGUUACCCUGUAUUGUAUUUCACAAAUGUCUGGAUGGAUGGAGAGGUACUUGAACAAGUUACUUUCAGUUGUCCUGCUGGAUUUUCAAAGAAUAGAAAGAAAAAGAAUCUCUCAACUACUGUUUUAUGUAGGUUGCUUGAAGAGUUCUUCCUCCUGUGCCUCUUUAGUGCGUUUCCAGCUCUUUGAUGUGAUAGCUAAAGGCAUGGAUUUAGAGAGCCAUGAAAACACAGUAUGGGGAAGUCAUUUGUGUUUCAGGAUGGCACUGGAGAGAGAAGCAGGAAAGAUCAACCCUUGAAGUGAAGUCAGUUCUCUGAAAACAUACUUGGAGAUUCUGAAGGCUUCAUUUUGCAAAGGAGGAAACAUUGUCUGAACCUUGAAAUUUCAUCUAGUGCAAGUUUGAUGUCAGAAUCUGUUAGGACAUGAAAUAAAGGCUGACCUUAAAAGGUUCAAGACAAAAGCAGCUGCCAGCUGUGAAUCUUUAACUAAAAGCGCGUGACACCAAGAGGUGUCUCUCAUAGUUGGUGGCCAA